GCCGCCUUCCCCUCCGGAUCUUCUCGGCGCGCCGCCUUCUCCCUCGCUCCUGAUCGCGGGACAAGCGGCCGGGCGUCGGCGGAGGCGAGCAGCAAGGAGGAGCCCAUCGCCCCCAGCUGUGAAACCCCACGAAGGAGAAGGCAGGCGCCGCCGGGGCCAUUUGCCACGCCUAACACCGAGAGACGCAUCUCCCACAGCAGAAUCGCUUGUCCGGGCUUCCCGACUCCGUGUUGCUAGCCACCAAUGGGCGUAAGAACCCAGUUCCCUUGAGGAUGUUUGGAAAGGCUGGACUGUCCAAUGGAGGCUGCCGAGCGUGCCAGGAUCUUAUCAGGUCGCAGCAGCCUGCCGGGGGACCAGCACCUGAACUACCACUCCCUGGAGCAGAGCCCCUCCGCGCCCUCUACAGAAGUGACGGGUUACCGGAGAACGACAUGGAAGAUUGUCCUCUGCCACUUGCUCUCUGUGCUCACGCUGGGGGCCCCCCUCAUCCUCUUUCACUGGAAGCCACACCUGGAAGUCCGUGCCAAGUGCACUCGCUGCCCCCUCCGCCAGGCAGACUGGGUGGUCAUCCAAGAUCAGCUGGGACAGCAUUUCACGGCCAGGGUCCGAAUGGAGCAGACAGAGGAAAGCAGCCUCGAGCCCGGAAGAGACGAUGGGAGGAGCAGUAUUGCUGUGGGCGUUUCAGACAGCCAAACAGGAAUCCGGGACACAAUGCAGCUGCACCGGAAGGAAGAGAGAAACGUUCUUCGCUAUUACUUCUUUGAGGGCGUGCGCUACCUCUGGGUGGAAGAGCGGCAGGCCUAUUGCAGGGCCAGCACGCUGGACGAAGCUUGGACGUGCUCCGACAUCCAUCUCUCCCGCUGUGGCCUGAGCACCCAGGAGCAAUUGGCCAGAAAGAGGAUUUACGGACCAAACCUGAUUGACGUGCCAAUGAAGUCGUACAUCCGGCUGCUGGUGGAUGAGAUCUUGAACCUCUUCUACCUUUUCCAAGCGUUAAGCAUCACCUUAUGGAUCUGUGAAGAAUAUUAUUCCUACGCUGCCUGCAUCUUCUUCAUUUCCAUCAUCUCGAUCGGUCUCUCUCUCUACGUGACGAGAAAGCAAAACAGGACUCUCCGGGACAUGGCCAAGGUGGUGAUCAGCGUGCAGAUCUGCCGAGCUUCUGGAGAGAGAGCGGUGGUGAGUUCCACGGACCUCGUGCCAGGAGACGUCCUGGUGGUCUCUCCAGAGGGGAUGUUGGUUCCCUGCGAUGCCGCGGUGCUGAAUGGCGAGUGCGUGGUGAACGAAAGCCUUCUGACUGGGGAGAGCACGCCUGUCCUGAAGACGCCCUUGCCCAAAGGCCCGGAAGUGGCCAGCACCACCUACUCCUCCGAAGAUCACAAGCGACACACCCUGUUCUGCGGGACGCAGGUCAUCCAGGCCCGAUCCUACGGAGACGCUGACCUCCUUGCGGUUGUGACCCGUACCGGCUUUUGCACAGCCAAAGGGGACCUCAUCAGCUCCCUCCUUCACCCCAAGCCACUGAAGCUCAGAUUGCAUAAUGAUGCAUGGAAGUUUGUCACCUUCCUUGCAAUCUUGGCCGCUAUUGGAACUGUCUACAGCAUCAUCAUCUUGAGGAGGAACCAGGUUUCUGGGUGGUUGAUAGCCCUCCGUGCUCUGGACAUUGUGACCGUGGUUGUCCCGCCGGCCUUGCCAGCCGCAAUGACAAUGGGCACCAUGUACGCCCAGAGCCGACUGAAACGCCAGGGCAUCUUCUGCGUCAGUCCCCAGCGCAUCGACCUCUGUGGGAAGGUGCGCCUGGUCUGCUUUGACAAGACAGGGACCCUCACUGCUGAUGGCAUGGACGUCUGGGGAGUGGUUCCCCAGGCCAGUGGCACCUUCCUGCCCAUUGUCCACGAGCUGCGCUACCUGGCUGACGGGCCACUGCUCCGCUGCCUGGCCACGUGCCACACACUCUCUCUGCUUGGAGAUCUGCCUGUGGGUGACCCGGUGGAUCUCCGGAUGCUGGAGUCUACUGGAUGGUCUCUGGUGGAAACCGAAGGGCCCGAGGUGGAGGCCUGCCUGGCCCAGGAUUUUGGGACCAAGGCCCUGCUUGUCGUGGCUCCUCCACUCCCGAGAGAGCCGCCUCCCAGCACGAAGCACGCCGUUCCCAUGGCCAUCCUCCGCCGCUUCCCGUUUUCUUCAGCUCUGCGGAGGAUGAGUGUCCUGGGGAAGGCUCCAGGCCAGAGUCCCGUGGAAGCUUUCAUGAAGGGAGCUCCGGAGACGGUGGCCAGCCUCUGCAAGAGCGAAUCAGUCCCGCAGGACUUUUCCCGAGAGUUGCAUCAGCUCACGAGCAGUGGAUUCCGUGUUCUGGGGCUCGCCUAUAAGCCCUCUGUGGCUGUGGGGACCUUUGAAGAAGCCCAGAAUGUGACCAGAGAUCACAUGGAGAAAGACAUGAUCUUCCUUGGGCUCCUGGUCCUGAAGAAUGUCCUCAAGCCCGAGACGGCACCAGUUAUCCAUGUGCUACGCAGUGCAGGGAUCCGAACCAUCAUGGUCACAGGGGACAACAUGCUCACAGCAGUGAAUGUGGCAAGGAGCUGUCAAAUGCUGGAGGCGCAGGAGCGUGUGGUGUUCGUGAAUGCCGCGUCUCCCAGCUGUGGCAAGCUAGCCGCCCUCACCUUCAUUCCUUCGGAUGCCCCUGCAGAGCACGUCGAGGAUGCGCACCAGCAGGGUAGCAGCUUCCAGGAGCAGCAGGCGUGCUCGUUUGCCUUGAACGGGAAAUCCUUCGCAGUCCUUUGCGAGUGCUUUCCAGAUCUCCUGCCCAAGAUAUUAGUCCAAACCACUAUUUUUGCACAGAUGUUGCCUGACCAGAAAACACGGCUGGUUGAGCAUUUGCAAAAUCUGAACUACUGUGUGGCCAUGUGCGGGGAUGGCGCCAAUGACUGCGGGGCCCUGAAGGCAGCGGAUGUGGGGAUCUCUCUCUCUGAAGCAGAGGCCUCUGCGGCAUCGCCGUUCACUUCCCAAGUGGCCAACAUCGAGUGCGUCCCCAUUGCCAUCAGGGAAGGGAGGUGCUCUUUGGUCACCUCUUUCGGCAUCUUCAGAUACAUGGCGUUCUACAGCCUCACGCAAUUUGUUUCCGUGCUCCUGCUGUACACGAUCAACACCAACCUGAGCGACGGGCAGUUCCUGUUCAUCGACCUUAUCAUUACAACCACGAUGGUGGCCCUAAUGGGCAAGACCGAGCCUGCCAAGGAUUUGGGCCUCAAGCGCCCGCAGGGAGCCCUGAUCAGCCUUCUCGUCCUGGGCAGCCUUUUCCUCCAGACGGCCCUCAUCAUCGCCGUCCUGGUCAUCGCCUAUUUCAUCACCGUCUCCCAGCAGUGGUUCACCCCUCUGAACAGCACGGUCACAGCCCCCGCAAACCUCCCCAAUUAUGAGAACACCGUGGUCUUCUGCGUCUCAGGCUUCCAGUACCUCAUCUUGGCGGUGGUCGUGUCCAAAGGGCCCCCUUUCCGAAAGCCGCUUUACACCAACGUGCUGUUUUUGGUUGCCUUAAUCUUGCUCUGCGGCCUCAUGAUCUGGCUGACCACCUAUCCGCUGACCUUCAUGCAAACGCUCCUGCGUCUGAAGAGCGCUGGCGACCUGAGCUUCAAAGCGAUCUUGCUUGGAAUGGCUGCCCUCCACUUCUUCCUGGCUUUCCUACUGGAGGUGGGUCUGGACCACGGCCUGCUGAACGGCUUCCGGAAACUGUGUCGCAAGAAGGCAUCCAGAAAGCUGUACAAGCUGCUGCAGGGGGAGCUGGGCCAGGAGAAGUGCUUGUGGCCACCUCUAAACGCACCUCUCUUUGCCCCCACCAGCAUCUCCCUUACCACAAGGUGAUACCAGCCUGUGGCUUUCUGCAUGGAAUAAAAGCCUGUUGGGUCUCUGCUGCAUUUUCUCUUUGGGUUCAGGUUCAUUUCUCCCACAGCC